AUUGCAGCGGUGGAGUCUGCUUACCGAUUGUCAAAAACGCGCGUAGCAAACAGAAUUAAAGGAGGUUUAGUAAUUUUAUUAAUACAAAAAUUAUUUCUGCUGUACAAUUUUAAGAAAUAGACAAAUAAAGUAAUUAAGUUAAAACAAAUUGUCUAAAUAAGUUAACAAAAUGAAUGUAACACAAAUGAGUGGUCAACUCGACUUACUGGAUGUAGCCGGAAGCAUGUUGGAAAAACAUGAUUCUAAAGAUUUGUGUGCACCAGGACUUUUGGAGAUGACCGGCAUAAAUCAACAUGGAAUGGCAACGGCCAGUGGUCUUAAUGAUUACGAUUACCAGACACUGUCAAGUUUGUCUAUGGGUCAUAAGCAGCUAAACCAAUUGCAAACCGUCAAUAAAAUUCCUAUACCUCCUGAAAUUUUAGAGCACUUUAAACAUAUCAAAUGUCACUGUAUGAUGGGGCUUUUUCCAGAGAUAGGAAGAGCAUGGUUAACUAUUGAUUCAGAAAUAUAUAUUUGGACAUAUGAACAGUCUCGUGAUGUUGCAUAUUACGAUGGAUUAAGUCAUCUAAUUAUAAGUGUUGGUUUGGUCAAACCAAAACCUGGAGUUUUUAUCAAUGAUGUUAAAUAUCUCUUAAUUCUUACUACACCAAUUGAAAUAAUUGUUUUAGGCGUUACCUUUGGAGACACAACGAAAACUAUAUCUUCUCCAACACGCAACAUUCAGAGCACGGCAACUUUCGAAGAGAUGCAGUUAAUGAACAAACCAAUUUUCAUAUUAAGCACAGAUAACGUUUCGAUAAACGUUGUUAUGGGAAGUGAUAAUGGUCGAAUUUUUCUCGGAGGACGUGAUGGUUGUCUUUACGAAAUAUCUUAUCAAGCAGAGUCAAGUUGGUUCGGAAAACGGUGUAAAAAAGUAAAUCAUUCGCAGGGCAUCGUUUCGUACAUUGUUCCAAGUUUUUUAAAAGUAUUUUCGGAAAAUGAUCCAAUUGUUCGUUUGGCAGUAGAUAGUAGCCGUCAAUUGCUAUAUGUCUUGACCGAAAAAGGUUCAAUAGAGGCAUGGGAAAUGGGACAUGAUUGUAACACGAUGCGUCGGAUAGCUAAAGUAACGCAGAAUGAAAUUUCUCAAAGUGCUGGAAACAUAAUUAAAACCGUAGAUCCAGCAGUGUUUAAGAAUAUUAAAUCAAUAUGCCCAUUAUCUGCGGAUGAUUGUCAAAAUCUUCAUUUAUUAGCAAUAACUCAAUGUGGCGUUCGUUUAUUUUUUGCAACUAAUCCGUUAGUAGGAUUUCAAAACUCUAAUAAUUAUCAAAAUCCUCUUAACCAAACGCAAAUGUCGAUAAAUCAACAUUCGCCUACAAAACCAACACCUGUAGGUAACGCGACGGGCCCAUUGCCAACUCAAACUUCCCCACAUAGUUCAGCAACUGAACAGAGAAGGCAACAAGGUUUAUAUCUUUUACAUGUGAGGCUACCGCCUGGAUAUACUCCUAAUACAACCAUUAAUAAACCGAAACAAGUUCAUUCCGCCCAUUAUAAUGAAGGCACCUUGCUAAUGGUUUCAACGCCCCAACAAGAUCAGGAUAUUUUGUGGUCUAUAAGUUCAGCACCUUUUCCACAUCGUCCAUAUCUAACUGAAUCUACAACGGUUAUUCCAUUGGAUGGUAUUGUCUGGAGUUUAGCAGAGAUGCCCGAUCGGUGUAAAGCACAACUACAAUCAAUACUGCGUAAAGCGCAAAAGCCUAAAAAAGUAGUUUUAUUAACUAAUCAAGGAGCUCACAUUAUUUCACUUCUAAAACCUGUGGAUAUUUUGCAACAACUACUUAUAGCAUGCCAUGGACCCCACCAUGAUGCAGUCAAAGCAUUCUUUCAGGCUCAAGGUGAUCGUGAAGCAUGUGCUACAGCUUUGCUUUUAACAUGUUCCGAACAAUAUCGUGGAACCGAUUUAGCAAUGUGGGCCGCGCAGGCGUUUUUGUUAUAUGGAGGAGAGCCAACAUUUUCUAAUCAAAUGCAAAUGAUGGGAUGUCUGCAAGGACAGCGUCCAUACCUAAACAACUCUAUGGGCAUGGACCAACGCAACACACCACAGAUGUUCAUAUCUACACCAAUGCCAAACACUGGAAGCGGUGGCUUAGUAAAUCGUACACUUCAAAAUACACCAAUACAAAGCCCCAUACAACAUACGCAGUAUCCCCUAAGUCCAAUUUAUAAUCAAAAUUCAUUCAUUGGAUCUGGUAUUGCUCCAGUUAACGAUAUGAAUGCAAUUAUUUAUUCCUCUAAACAUGAUGGUCUUUAUAUAUAUGUCGCACGUCUAUUACGUCCUAUAUGGAAAAUUCGUUGUGUGGAUGAGAAUCUAAAUAGUAAAUUAACUCAGGCGGAUUGUACAUUUAUUCUGGAAGAUUUGUAUGCGCUCAAAAAUUUUUUGGAUGCAAACUCCGUUAAUGAUUUAUCAUGUACAAUGAGAGCUUUUAAUAAUCAAAACACACUUUCUAAUGGAUAUGGCCUUUUGAUGCAAAAUAGCACAAAUAUGCAUACAAAUGACCCACAAAUGAAUGCUGCAGAACAAGCUCAAACCGAAGAAAAGCGUUCAUUGACUGCAUUGAAUUAUUUUAUAAAGCAUACUUGUGAAGUUAUAGCACUGUGGAAAAUUUUAUGCGAACAUCAAUUCCAAGUUUUAGCCAGUCAAUUAUUAAAAGAGCAACAAUCAGUUCUAUUAUCGUGCACUUUUCGGGAUUUAAUUUUAUCUCGUUCUGAGUCGUGUGCACUUUUGAUUGUGGCCUUAAUAAAUUCUUAUUUAAAGGAUAACGCAUCAGUUAGCACAAUAUCUUCAAAACUGCGAGACGAAUGUCCCAAUUUAUACCGCCAUGAGGACGCUGUCUCAUUUAAGGCCACGGAAAUAUUAAUGAAUUCUAAAAAUUGUACCAUUGUUGAAGAAAAGCAGGACAAGUUACGAACAGCUCUACAACUAUGCAAAGAUGCAGCUCCGAAUUUACCUUUACAAAAUAUUUGUCAGCAGUUUGUACUCAGUGGCUUUUUUGAAGGUGUUAUAGAGUUGACAUCUACAUGUGCUUUCAAAAUUGAUCCUGAAGAAUUUGGCAUACAUUUUUACCAGAGCGAUGAACCAGAAGAGGAUCGUGAAGGAUACGCUGCAUAUGCUGCACGCCUAAAUUGUUAUAAGGAAGUAAAACUGAUGAUGGAUCAUGUCUACCAAUCUGUUUGUAAUGCCAAUGCAAACCAAGAGUUUUCUCAGCAAAUAUGCAAUAAACAAGAGUUGAGUGUCAAUGCCCAGAUUAUGAAAAUUGUUGGUAUGUCUGUACAAAUAAAAGAUCCGAUUUUACAUGUCUGUGUCUAUGAAUGGUUAAUGGCGCACGAUAUGCUUUCUGAGCUACUAUCGUUAACAGAACAGACUCUGGGCGAAUUUCUACGAAGAAAUGUUGUACGAAAUCCAGAUAAUUUAAAUUUAAUCGAUUUAUUAUGGAAGUAUUAUGAAAAAAAUGGUCAUCAUGCACAGGCUGCACGUAUUCUAGAUAAUUUAGCAUCUACUCAGAGUGAUGGCAUUCCAUUAAUACAAAGAAUUGAGUAUUUGGCUAGAGCAGUAAUGUGCAUGCGAAAUGAUGGAGUUGGUUACUCUAUAACAAACGGUGUCCUACUCAAGGAACUAGAGGAUAAGCUAGAAAUUGCUCGUGUUCAAAAAACUGUCUUGGAUGCUGUUUCAGCUUUAGCACCAACUAAUAACGAUGCUAAUAAAGCUGUUGAAAAUUUAAACAAAAUUUUAUAUGAUAUUACACAGUUGUACGAGAAUUUUGCGGAUCCAUUUGAUUUGUGGGAGUGCAAAUUAACUAUUCUUAACUGUUCGCAUCAUAACGAUCCUUUGCUAAUUGAAUCUGUAUGGGGUCAAAUCAUAAAUAAAUCAGUCGAAGGUACAGGUUCAAUGCAAGAAAGAAGUACACGAUUGUUUUCAAAAAUUGAAACACUUUUCAAGGAAUUUGGGGAAUCGGGCCACUGCUUUCCACUUGCUUUCAUUAUAAGAGAACUGGAAAUAAAGGCAUGUCAGUUGCGUUUAUCUGAAGGUAUUGUACCAGACAAAUUAGUCGCCAUGAAUAUCGACGUAGAAUUACUUAUGGAAUAUUAUUCGAGGAUGAUUUCAAUUAAUGAACGCAUAUGGGCAAAUGAAGGUAACGAAUGGCAUUUAGUUCAAUCUUCUAUACGAGUGGUUACUCUUUUGGCAAAUAAUGCCCAUGCAAUAUGGUCCAGAUCAAAACGUCGCAUAAUUGGAAAAGCUCAAGAUAUGGUAUCGGUAUGUUUAAAUUUGUGCUAUCAGAAACCGGGUACUGAAAGAAUGCAACAAUCUUUAAAGGAAUUACAAUGUCGCCUUCAAAGGAGCUUAACAUAAGUUGCAAAGUAAAUUAUUAUAUUAAUAAGAUUUAGUUUUUAAAAUCUUCUAUUUUUAUAUUAAUAACCGUUUGUUGAUAGGGAUACUUUAUAUUUUUUUGUUUUCAAUACCAAUAAAUAAUUCAACAUUUUAACAAAUUAAACACUUAUUAA